GGAAUACCAAAAAAGUAUCGCCUCGUGUCUGAAUAAUAAGGUUCUGAAGAAGAUAAUCUUUCGAGGCUCCUCCCAGUCAGAACGACGUUGACGCGAAAGCGAACAAAAAUUCCGAGAAACUGAACAUGGUUAAGGUGGAAGAUGAGCCACGCGCUUCCGCUGAAGGUAGAGUUGGGGUCGUCGACGGUGAUGGCGGCGAGGAGCAUGAACCGGUUGAGAUCUCCGGUGACGCCACCGAGCACGGUGCCAUCGCCGGAUCUGUUGCCGGAGAAGGUGGAUUUUCAGAUGAAAGACCGAUUCAGGAAGCUAGAUCCACGGAGGCCCCUUCCUCUGAUACUCCAACUCAACUUACUAUUUUCUUUGGUGGGAAAGUUACCGUCUUUGAUGGACUUCCACUAGAAAAGGUUGAAUCCACUACACAUUCUACUUUCUUGUUUUGUCUGAAACUCUCAGAGACUUACUCUUCUCAUCACUGUGAAUUGUUCCUUACACAGAUUCAAGAAAUCCUCGGUAUUGCUGCUUCUGCUGCUGCUAAAUCCAUUGAGACAAAGAACUCCACGAACGUCAGUCCUGUCCUUUCUCCAGCACUGAACAGAGCUCCUUCUUUCUCUAGCACCUCUACCGGAGCUUCACCAGCUGCACAGUCAUUCCCAGUUACGUUUUGCAGAUCUGCUGCUGAACUACCAAUUGCAAGGAGGCAUUCACUUCAACGAUUCCUUGAGAAGAGACGGGACAGAUUGGUCAACAAAAACCCUUACCCUGCUUCAGACGUCAAGAAGACAGAUGUCCCAACCGACAAUUCCUCUAUUAAGGAGGAGUCUCCUCUUACUUAGCAGAAUCCUUCAAGGCUACAAUAAGCUUCACGAAUAAUAUCAUUCCAAAUAAGUGAAACCUUAUGAUGUGUGUUGUAUGAUAGUGUAACCGAAGAUUUGUUUGCAUGUCUGGAGUGGCUCGACUUGUUUAUCAUUUUACAUUCUCUCCAAGGAUGAGAAGAGUAUUAUCUACUGAUGAAAAAACUACUGUGGUCUUAAAAACAGUGUGAUAGAGUCUUAUCUUAACUAUAUAGAACUCUUGAUGUUAUGUUAUUGAACUUGUUAUCUCUUUCAGACACAAUGCGUAUGUAAUAUUAAUGAAGUCUGCUAUUGUUGUAAUAAUCUUUUCAUGCAAGGCAAAGCGAGAUCUCUGUAAAAUACGUAAGAUGUGAAGAUAAUAGGUUUACGGAGAGAGGAGGAAGAAGAGAAGGUGAAAGGUUUACGGAGAGAGGAGGAAGAAGAGAAGGUGAA